GGGACGGACCUCUCUCACUCUCCCAAGUUCUCAACCCUCUUCUACCCAAAAAGAAAAGAAAAAGAAAAAAGCGUUCUCAACUCUCGAGUCUCAGACUCUCAGUAAGACGUCACGUCUCAAAGCGACGGACGGCAUUAGCAAGAGACGGAGUGAUAACUGAUCAGAUUUGAAGGCCUUAAAAUUCUCUUUCAGGCUUCUCCUAUUCUCCCUGCUGUAGAGAUGCUCGAAAGCCCUACCGAUUCAUCCGCACCCCCUACUACCGUAAAGCGAUACGCCCCUCCUAAUCAAAGGAACCGUGUUCAUAACAGGCGUAAAUCUGGAGACCGAUUGGAAAGAACAAGCAUCUCUUAUUCGAAUGAUGAAGAAAAGAAUCAAACAUCUUCAAGAAAUACCAGCAACCAUUUGAACGAGAAUGCUCCUCCAAGGUUGAUUGCAUUAAAUCGAUGUUGCAGCAGUGAGGCUGUUCAGCUUCUGAAUGACCGUAUGCAUGUGCCUACUUUUCUAUUAAUUCAUUUUACUUUGUUUAUGCUUCCUUUUUCUGAGUUUGCUAUUGUGUUUAGCUGGAGUUACUUGGGUGUACCCUUGCAUUACCUUAUGAAGCAUCACUCCUUUUGA